GCGGAGGGAGGGCGCUGAGGCGUUGCUGCUGUCGUCGUCGUCUCGGAGUGGCUCGGAGGCCCUGAGGGGGGCUGAGGAGGAGGAGGAGGAGAAGGGAGGCCGCCACCGAGAACAAGGGAAGCAUGCCGCCGUCUUCGACCCCUCCGCGGCCGCCUUCUCUCCUCACGUCCGCGCCUCCUUCCUGCUCCGGUGGCUCCUUGGGCUGUUGCUGCUGACGAAGACUCCUGCGAGCUCUCCCUCCUUUCCUCCGCCUCCCGGCCUGCCUGCGCCACGGGCCAUGGUGCCCAGUGAGGAGAACCAGCUGGUCCCCAAAGAGGAUAUGCUUUGGAGAUGCAGACAAAGUAUAUUUGAUGAAAUGAAGAAGAAAUUUUCACAGAAUGAAAGUGCUGCUGAUGAACCUAGAGUGCUUUGUAUAAUACAAGAUACUACUAAUUCUAAGACAGUGAAUGAGCGCAUCACAUUGAACUUACCAGCUUCCACUCCAGUAAAAAGACUGUUUGAGGAUGUGGCCACCAAAGUGGGCUAUGUUAAUGGAACAUUUGAUUUAAUUUGGGGAAAUGGCGUCAAUGUUGCAAAUACGACACCAUUGGAUCAAUCCAGUGAUAAAUCUGUGGUUAAUGCUGGUUUUGAGUCUGGGAAGAAGAAUUUUUUGCAUCUGACAGAUAAAGAUGGAGAACAACCUCAAAUAGCCUUGGAGGAGUCUGGUGGAGCAGAUGGUCAUAAUCCAGAUAGGUUUAUCGGUCCUCUUCCACGAGAAGGUUCAGUUGGUUGUUCCAGUGAUUAUGCCAGUCAGAACUACUCUUAUUCGUCAAUUUUGAGUAAAUCAGAAACAGGAUACGUAGGUCUAGUAAAUCAAGCAAUGACCUGCUAUUUGAACAGCCUUCUGCAAACCCUUUUCAUGACUCCCGAAUUUAGAAAUGCAUUAUACAAAUGGGAAUUUGAGGAAUCCGAAGAAGAUCCAGUGACAAGUAUCCCUUAUCAGCUUCAAAGGCUGUUUGUUUUACUACAGACCAGCAAAAAAAGAGCAAUUGAAACAACAGAUGUAACACGGAGCUUUGGAUGGGAUAGUAGUGAGGCAUGGCAGCAGCACGAUGUACAAGAACUCUGUAGAGUCAUGUUUGAUGCUUUGGAACAAAAAUGGAAACAAACAGAGCAGGCUGAUCUCAUAAAUCAGCUCUAUCAAGGCAAGCUGAAGGAUUAUGUAAGGUGCUUGGAAUGCGGCUAUGAGAGUUGGAGAAUUGAUACAUACCUGGAUAUUCCUUUGGUCAUUCGACCUUAUGGCUCCAGUCAGGCUUUUGCAAGUGUGGAGGAAGCACUACAUGCUUUCAUACAACCUGAAAUCCUUGAUGGCCCUAAUCAGUAUUUCUGUGAACGGUGUAAGAAGAAAUGUGAUGCCAGAAAGGGGUUACGAUUCUUACACUUUCCAUAUCUACUAACCUUACAGCUAAAGAGAUUUGACUUUGAUUAUACCACCAUGCAUAGGAUAAAACUUAAUGAUCGCAUGACAUUUCCCGAAGAGCUAGACAUGGGCUCGUUCAUUGAUAUUGAAGAUGAGAAGUCUCCUCAAACAGAGAGUUGCACUGACAGUGGAGCAGAGAAUGAAGGCAGUUGUCACAGCGAUCAGAUGAGCAAUGAUUUUUCUAAUGAUGAUGGAGUUGAUGAAGGGAUAUGUCUUGAAAGCAAUAGUACUGUUGAAAGAAUUUCUAAAGUUGCCAAUGAAAAGAAUUCAUUAUUAUAUGAAUUGUUUUCUGUUAUGGUUCAUUCGGGAAGUGCAGCUGGUGGCCAUUAUUAUGCAUGCAUUAAAUCGUUUAGUGAUGACCAGUGGUAUAGUUUCAAUGAUCAGCAUGUUAGCAAGAUAACACAUGAAGACAUCAAGAAAACAUAUGGUGGGACAUCUGGAAGCAGAGGAUACUAUUCCAGUGCUUUUGCAAGCUCUACGAAUGCAUAUAUGCUGAUUUAUAGACUGAAGGAUACAAUGAGAAAUGCAAAGUUCCUAGAAGUGAAUGAAUAUCCAGAGCAUAUUAAAAAACUGGUAGAAAAAGAAAAGGAGUUAGAAGAACAAGAAAAGAGGCAACGGGAAAUAGAGCGUAAUACCUGCAAGAUAAAACUGUUUUGUAUGCAUCCUGUGAAGCAAAUAAUGAUGGAGAAUAAACUAGAAGUUCACAAGGACAAGACACUGAAAGAAGCUGUGGAGAUAGCUUAUAAGAUAUUAAAUUUAGAAGAGGCAGUUCCUCUGAACUGUUGCCGUCUGGUUAAAUAUGAUGAGUUCCACGAUUAUUUGGAACGAUCAUAUGAAGGAGAAGAGGAGACACCGAUGGGAAUCUUGCUUGGAGGUGUUAAGUCAACCUAUAUGUUCGAUCUUCUUCUGGAGACAAGGCAGCCAGAUCAGGCUUUCCAGUGUUACAAGCCUGGUGAAGUAAUGGUAAAAGUCCAUGUUGUUGAUCUGAAGCAAGAAACUGUGGCUCCUCCUAUUAGUGUCCGUGCUUAUUUGAACCAGACAGUCACAGAAUUCAAGCAUCUAAUUUCAAAGGCUAUACAUUUGCCUGCUGAAACAAUGCGAGUAGUGUUGGAACGUUGCUACAAUGACUUGCGUCUUCUCAGUGUGGCCAACAAAACUCUGAAAGCUGAAGGCUUUUUUAGGAGCAAUAAAGUAUUUAUUGAAAGUUCAGAGUCCCAGGAUCGACAGCUGGCAUUUCCAGAUUCACUGUUGUGGAAACUCCUGGAUCGUCAUGCAAAUACAAUUAGACUGUAUGUUUCAUUACCAGAGCAGUCUCCUGGAACACAAAUCAGAAGGACAGUUUUUCAGAAAGCCAGCGGAGAUUCUGGCAAUUUAGAUGAAAUUUGUAAAAGACUUAAAGGAUCUUUAGGUAAUAUGAAAUCAGUAGAAGCUAUUCUAGAAGAGAGCACCGAAAAACUGAAAACUUUGUCUCUGCAGCAGCAACAGCAAGAAGGGGAUAAUGGGGACAGCAGCAAGAGUACAGAGGCAAGUGACUUUGAGAACAUCGAAUCACCUUCAAAUGACAUAGAUUCAUCAACGUCAACAGAAAAUCGAGAACUUGAAAACCAAAUUCAAGUUUCUGAUCCAGAUAAUUUCCAGUCAGAAGAGAGAUCAGAUUCUGAUCUGAACAACGACAGAAGUACCAGUUCAGUGGACAGUGAUAUCCUCAGUUCCAGCCACAGCAGUGACACAUUGUGCAAUGUAGACAAUGCCCCGAUGCCCUUGGCGAAUGGACUUGACUCACACAGUAUCACAAGCAGCAGGAGAUCCAAAGCCAAUGAAGGAAAAAAGGAGACAUGGGAUACAGCUGAAGAGGAUUCUGGAACUGACAGUGAAUAUGAUGAAAGUGGAAAGAGCAGAGGAGAAACACAGUAUAUGUACUUCAAGGCAGAACCCUACAUUGCAGAAGAAGGUGCAGGAGAAGGACAAAAAUGGUUGUUGAUUCAUGUUGAUAAAAGAAUUACACUUUCUGCCUUCAAACAACACCUGGAGCCAUUUGUUGGAGUUUCUUCCUCCCAGUUUAAGGUGUUUCGAGUUUGUGCCAGCAAUCAAGAAUUUGAAAGCGUUCGACUAAAUGAAACACUUUCUUCCUUUUCAGAUGACAACAAGAUAACAAUUAGACUUGGGAGAGCACUGAAGAAGGGAGAAUACAGAGUCAAAGUUUAUCAGCUGUUGGUAAAUGAUCCUGAGCCCUGCAAGUUUCUUUUAGAUUCUGUUUUUGCUAAAGGAAUGACUGUACGGCAGUCAAAAGAAGAAUUACUUCCUCAGCUCAGGGAACAGUGUGGGCUAGAUUUGACUAUUGACAGAUUCCGGUUACGAAAGAAAACGUGGAAAAAUCCAGGAACUGUGUUUCUGGAUUAUCAUGUUUAUGAAGAAGAUAUUAAUAUUUCAAGUAACUGGGAGGUUUUCCUUGAAAUACUUGAUGGGGCAGAAAAGAUGAAAUCUAUGUCACAGCUUGCUGUUCUGUCAAGAAGAUGGAGGCCAUCAGAGAUGAAGUUGGAUCUUUUUCAGGAAGUAGUUUUGGAGAGUAGUAGUGUUGAUGAAUUGAAAGAAAAGCUGAGUGAAAUUAGUGGAAUCUCUUUAGAAAACAUUGAGUUCGCAAAGGGCAGAGGAACAUUUCCUUGUGAGAUCUCUGUUCUAGAGAUCCAUCAGGAUUUGGACUGGAAUCCUAAGGUUUCUACACUGAAUGUAUGGCCUCUCUAUAUUUGUGAUGAUGGAGCAGUGAUAUUUUAUAGGGAUAAAACUGAGGAAGUGGUGGAACUGACAGAAGAACAAAGAAAUGAGUUAAUGAAAAAAGAAAGCAGCCGACUUCAGAAAACUGGACACCGUGUUACCUACUCCCCUCGUAAAGAAAAAGCACUAAAAAUAUAUCUGGACGGAGCGCCAAAUAAAGAUUUGACUCAAGACUGAUAUUUAUUUCAGCAUUUUCUCUUGGAAAGUAUUUUUCUUAAGUGUGAGAGAGGUACACUACUACUGUGUAGUGCCAUUACGGCAGGACAUUCGGUGUAAAGUGAAGACACCAGCACUGAUUGGCAAAACUGCAGCCCAAUCCAGCUCAGUGCCCAGUCAGGUCACUGUUUGACUCGGAAUCAUGUUGUGCACUAUAGUCGAUGUACUGUAAAGCGAAAAGGGAUGUGCAAAUAAGAGAAAUACAAAAAUGUGGUGGGGAGGGUAGUAUGCAAAAACGAGGACUGUGCACAUAGCAGUAGCUAGUAAGGCUAGCCUCAAACAGGAUAUUCAUAGCUUGAUAAUAAAAGCUGUGCAAAGGCCAUGAAUGAAUUCUUUUGUUUGUUUCACUGAUACACACAUUACCUCAUGGAAGAUUUCCGAAGUAAAUGUGACAGUGGUUUUUUAAAAAGCAUGAGAGUGGAUUGAAAAGGUGAGGAAAUUGGCAGAAUGCAACCCCUGAAAAGUUACAAUUUUUAGCAGACUCUCAUUGGAUUUUCCUUCCAUAAAAAAGGACAUCUAAAGAAUAAGAAGUAUUUUUUAGCAAAAAGUUAUCAUACCAGCAGAUGGCAUUUCAUUUUGCAGAAGUGUUUUAACUGAAUUCUAUUUAGAUUAUGGGUGCAGGUAACUUCCCUGUUCCAUUCAGUGUGUAAAUACAACUCUGCCCUUUUGAGUUAGCAGAACUACAAUUCAUCGGAUUACUAUGUUGUUUGUUUUCACAUAUCAAUAUUCACUGUGUACAUUUAAAAGUAUAGCUGCCUAUUUAAAUUUGUAUUCAUUUUAUGUUUGACAAUGCUGGGUACUUAGAUUUGUAAUUUCUCCUUGUUAAUGAGUUUUUUGGAAUUUUGUUUUUGUUUGGGUCAGCUACUUAUUUUUGUACAUUUUUGUCUUCAGACUCUCGCAAGUUUGCAUUUUUGGGUACCAUUUCAAGUCAUGCAUUGUUUUUCCUGGAGUUGGUUCAUAAUUUUAUAUGUAGUUUUUUUUUAAGUUGGACACCUUUGAACACCUCCCAGUAAACCCUCCAGUAGUUCUAAAUGUGGUACAGACUCAUGCAGUAAACAUGAUUUCAUUGCAAAGCUUAGACAAGUAAGAUUUUGCUUUGCUACAUUAUAAGAUCAAUUACAAAUAAUUCUGUAGAGUGUUCCAUCUCAUUUUUGUUUUUUGUUUUGAAAAUACCAUCUAAUUUAUAUCAAUCAGUUAAAGGUUUUGGUAAACUUUUUCCAUGCCAGAUGCUGUUUACAACAAUGAACAUGCCAAUAAAACAUUUGUUCAUUCUGUUGUUAUUUUAA